UCCUCAAAGGAUUUUCCCCGGAGUGACCAGACGGGUUGGGGGGACACAGGAUGGCAGAGCUAGUAGGAGUAACUAACGGGACAUGCGGACGGAGUGAUUUCUUCUAAUAUUUCAAGUUCUGCUCGAGGCCUCGCCAUGCCGCUGGUGAAGAGAAACAUCGAGCCGCGUCACCUCUGCCGGGGGGCACUGCCGGAUGGGAUCGGCAGCGAGCUGGAGUGUGUGAUGAACAACACCUUGUCUGCCAUCAUCCGUCAGCUCAGCAGCCUGAGCAAACAUGCAGAGGACAUAUUUGGCGAGCUGUUUAACGAGGCCAACAAUUUCUACCUGCGUGCCAACUCUUUGCAGGACCGCAUCGACCGGCUCGCCAUCAAAGUCACGCAGCUGGACUCCACAGUGGAGGAAGUUUCUCUGCAAGAUAUCAACAUGAGAAAGGCCUUUAAGAGCGCCACUACACAAGACCAGCAGGUGGUGUCCAAGAGCAGCGUGCCCAACCCUGUCAAAGAGAUGUACAACCUGAGCAACAAGCCUCCACCCCUCACCAUCCUCACGCCUUACAGAGAUGAUCACAAGGAGGCCCUUAAAUUUUACACAGACCCCUCCUACUUUUUUGACUUGUGGAAAGAAAAGAUGCUGCAGGACACUGAGGACAAAAGGAAAGAGAAGAGGAAGCAGAAGGAGCAGAGGCGUUGUGUGGAUGGGACGCUGCAGAGGGAGGUUAAGAAGGUCCGCAAGGCACGGAACCGUCGGCAGGAGUGGAACAUGAUGGCUCUGGAUAAGGAGCUGAGGCCAGACCACCGACACACUAUUCACAGAGACCGAGCAGCCUCCUCUGAAGGGUCCAUGUCACCAGAAAACAGGUGUCACGGUGUGGAUCAGCAUCACUACCCAAACAGUAUGAACCAUGCCGGCCAUGCCCACACCUACUCUGGCCCUCCGCCCAGCAUUCUGGCCGCCCAGAUGGCUGCAGGACACGCCCCACGUGGAGGAAGCGAGCACGACGGCAGAGGAAGGACCAUGAUGGCCUACCAGGGUGGGACACUGGGUCGCUCUCACCACCACCAAGCCCCUCUGCCUCCUCCACCAGCUGAGGCCAUGAAUGGUGGUUUUAUGUCUCUGCCACCAAUGGACUACAGUAUGGACGGGUAUGCCAACACUGGCCCUCCUCCACCUCCCCCUGCCCCACUCAUACCUUCUGCACAGACGGCCUUCGCCUCACCACCAGGAGGUCCGAUGUCCCCCGGCCCCAUGGCUGUCUCUGCCGGCUACGCCCCGCCACCUGUAUCUGGAGCUCAAGCGGCUCCGCCUCCUCCUGGUCCCCCAGGUCCACCACCUCUACCCGUUCCACCCGGUGCCUCUCACUCUACAUCUUACAAGAUGUCUUCCACGGUGCAGGCCGAGAACGCAGCGGUCAGCGACGCUCGCAGUGACCUGCUAGCUGCUAUACGUAUGGGCAUCCAGCUGAAGAAGGUGCAGGAGCAACAGGAGCAGCAGGCUAAGAGAGAACCUGUUGGGAACGACGUGGCCACCAUCCUGUCACGGCGCAUCGCCGUCGAAUACUCCGACUCGGAGGACGACUCCGAGUUGGAGGAAAACGACUGGUCAGAUUAACACAUAUAAAAACCUAGGAUAACUACUGAAACACGGUUAAUCUCACGCUCACCCUGAAGAAUGCCCACUGUGACACAUCCACAGACCAUCAGAGACUUUGUUGCUGUAAAACACAGAAGCUGCACCUAAACACAAUCACAUGCUAUAGGGCUGAUAUAAGCUGUAGGGACUAAAACUGGAAAAUAUUGGCAAAUAUGCACAAAUAUCUUACCUAAACUUAAAAUAUCGAGUAACGCUGACCACUCUGUUAACCACUGAGCUUCGAUAUACUUUAAAGCAUUGUGAAUACACCCAAGUAGAUGUUUCUCUAUAAAAACACACCACGUGAACGUGAUUAUUUCCUGUAUAGUUGAAGCUUGAAAGUGUUAGAGCUGUUAGAAACCUUCCUCUUGAGCUAACCUAUGUACUUAUGUUUUUUUUAAGUGUUUUUACUGAAAUACCUGUUUAUGCUAUAGAUCCCGAGGUAAGUCUUGAAAUUGCAGAGAAAUAUAACUGGAAGAAUGGGGAACGUUUAGUGGUGGCUGUUUGAAAGGGGCAGUUCAGCGGGGUUGUGUGGCAGUGUCAUUAGUAGUCAGUGUCUUACUUGUAGAGGUGGCCAUCUGAUUGACCUGUUUGGAGAAGCUGAGAUUAGAGUGGAUCCUAAGUGGAUUUCUGUUUCCCCAAACUGUUCUUAGAAAUUGUUGCUGUGCUGAAGAUACUGACCGCAAAUUGCAACUCCACAUAACCCCACUUUGAAAAAAAUAGUUUACAGGGACUCGGAUAAGUAUUCAUAACCUAUGAACUUCUUCAAAUGUUGUCAGGUUACAGCCAGAAACUUUUAUGCAUUUUAUUAGGAUCCUGUGUGAUAGACCAACGCAAAGUAUUUAAAGUGGAAGUAAUAAAAAAAAAAACAUGGUUUUAACAUCUCUUUACAAAUAAAAAAUAUUAAUUUUGCAGAACUGAAUUUGGCUACAAUUACAGCUUCAACUCUCUACCAGCUUCCCAAAACUCUAAAUAGCUUCCCUGUCUGUACUGAAACAAAGCCUCCACACAGCAUGAUGCUGCCACCACCAUGUUUCAGAAUCAUGAUGCUGCUUUAGGGAUGAUACGUAGUGCCAGUUAGUGAUAAUGCUACUUUGUAAAACCAUCUUUUUGCCAUUCUCACACCUGCAAGUGUUUUGGAGAAUGUCUCAAUGGGCUCCUAACAUCUAGAGGCUGAUGUUUCUGUAUGUUCUUCUCUCCAGAUUAGCUCAGAUAGGAUGGGGAGCAUCUCUGAACAUCAAUUUUCAAACCUUGCCACAGAUUUUCUUCCCAAGAAAGGUUUUCCCACAGCAUGAUGCUUCCACCACCAUGUUUCCCAUGGGGAUACUGGCUGGGUUCAUUAUGUUUGCUGUCUACAUGCUACACUUUUUAGAUUUCUGUUUUUAUUUUAUUUUCUCCUCACAAUUACGCACCACUUUGUGUUGGCCUAUCACAUAAAAUACAAUUAAAAUAUAUAGACGUUUUUAUUGUAAUGUGGCAAAGGCUGGUGUUUAAAACACUGUGGUGAUGGAUAAAAGAUAUGUGAAAAGUCUUAUAAUUAAUGAGCCACUUGCAUUUGCAAUCGCUUCCUGCUGUGUGUGUGUGUGUUUGUGUUUGUGUGUGUGUGUGUGUGGAGGGGGUAGUUUGUAACUCUGUAACCUUUGACCCAAAGAGAAAUAAAAUCAUGAAUAAGGAUCA